AUGUCUCUCCAGACCUACCUUAUUGCUAUUAUCACUUACUUCGGAUUUCCAUCCUUCCAUGGAUCUCAACAACCCUCGUUGCAAUACCCAUUGCAGCUUGAUAAUGCAGAUCUUACGCCGCCUGCUCCCAAAGACCUCUCUUUCAUACCCCCUGGUGCCGCGGAAGAGACUCUUGGCGAGCCUUUUAGGUGUCAGUAUCCUUCCAUGGCAGCUGAUUAUACCUACAAUCCUACGCCGGAGAACCGAAGCAUCUGGCUCAAGCAUCGGACCAAUUCUUCGCUGGACUUUGACAUAAACACGGACUAUGAAACGAGAUGGCCUGUUGGGAUUGAACGCAAAUACAUCCUCACAGUGGGCGAACGAUCGUUGAACCUGGAUGGAAUUGAAUUCCCCUAUGCCAAGGUCUUCAAUAAUAGCUAUCCUGGGCCUUGGAUCCAGGCAUGCUGGGGUGACUGGAUAAACAUCACCGUCAAAAACAAUCUCAGGAGAAACGGGACCGCAAUCCAUAUGCACGGACUCCGGAUGCUAAGCAAUGGUCUCAUGGAUGGUGUGCCUGGGGUAACCCAAUGUCCCAUCGCACCUGGAGACACCUUCAACUAUGUUUUCAAUACAACCCAGUAUGGCACAACAUGGUACCAUAGUCACUACAGUCUUCAGUAUUCUGAUGGCGUGUUGGGUCCAUUGACCAUCCACGGACCGACAUCGGCAAACUUCGACAAAGCCAUCGACCCCAUCAUCUUCACGGACCACAACCACCAAAGCGCCUUCCAGUUGUACUAUCAAGAGCAGUUUGCGAAUAAUUCGACCCGAGUUCCACCGAAGCAAACGAGUAUUCUGCUUAAUGGACAUGGAAGCUAUGCUGGUUCUUUUCCGGAGAGAAGAUACCACAAGAAGGUUCAACCUGGCAAAAAAUACAUUCUCAGACUUAUCAAUGGGUCAACUGAUACUACCUUCAUCUUCAGCAUUGAUGGUCAUAACCUCACAGUGGUCGGCAUGGAUCUGGUGCCAGUCCAACCCUACACGACAGACCAUAUAUAUGUUGGAAUAGGCCAGAGAUACCAUAUCCUCCUCGAGACCAAAACCGACUUCAGUGACUCCAUGAAUAUGGCCUACUGGAUCCGAACCGAUCCUGCCACCGGGUGCCACAACUUCGAAACCAUCCCCGACGCCAGACAGGGUAUCCUCUGGUAUGGAGGCGGCUCACAUCCGCCGAUCCCGACAACGAACGCACAUGCAUACAACAACACCUGCAGUGACAUGCUAGGCUUGGUGCCGGUUGUCCCAUGGACAAUAGAAGAGCCACCUCCCAUCAUCCCAAUGGUACGAUACACCAUGGCACAGUCGUCUAUCGAGACAAUGAGCGUUACCAUUGGCCAGUGGAAUCUCUCAGCGGUGGGAGAUGACCCCGAGGUGACUGUCAACUUCUGGCAGUUCCUGAACGAUACUCUUUGGGUGAACUACGCGGAGCCAACAGUCAAUCACCUCGAUCCUCCAUAUAACAGUAGUGCUGUCAUCUACUUAGCUGCUGAGGCUCAGCCCGCGCAGACCACAUGGAAUUACAUGCUGAUAAUCGGUGGUAACAUCGUCGCUACGCCCCCAGUAACUGGAGGCAAUUUGGCACCCAACGCACAUCCAAUUCACCUCCACGGCCACGACUUUGCCGUCCUACAAUACUCCACCGACAAGUACAACAGCAGCGAAGACCUAGACCUGAAUCUGGAGAACCCACGCCGUCGCGAUGCCGUCCUUCUCCCACAGAAUGGCUUUAUUGUGAUUGCAUUCAAGACCGAUAAUCCAGGCUCCUGGACUCUACAUUGCCAUAUUGCAUGGCAUGCUUCUGCGGGUUUGGCUUUCCAGGUCCUGGAAGAGCAGCCGGCUUUCAAGGCGGGUAUUGAAGACUCUACUGUUGCGAGAAUUCAAUUGGAUCGGACGUGUCAGAAUUGGGAUGUUUGGUUUGCGAAUGCUUCGAAUCAUUGGAAUCCAAAUGGGAGGUUUCAGGAUGAUUCGGGGAUUUGA